AUGGGAAAUGAAAUAAACAUAUUGUUGCUCGGUGAAACUGGUGUAGGAAAAUCUACGUUUAUAAAUGCAUUUGCAAAUUAUCUUAACUAUGAUAAUUUAACUGACGCGCAAUCAGGGGGUAUGGAGGUAUUGAUCACAUCAAAAUUCACAAUGAUGGAUGAUGAGAACUAUGAGACGAGAACAAUAAAAAUUGGUGAUGAUGAUCCAAACGAACAAGCGAAUAAUGAAGGAGCAUCAGCUACUCAAGGAUGUAAAAGUUAUUUAUUCCCUGUAGGCACUGAUAAAUUCGUGAGAUUGAUUGACACACCUGGAAUCGGAGAUACCAGAGGAAUUGACAAAGAUAGGGAAAAUUUUGAUAACAUUCUAAAGUAUAUUAGUCACUACAAGUACCUGAAUGGGAUUUGUAUUUUCCUCAAGCCCAAUAGUGCGCGACUGAACGUAUUUUUCAUACAGGAAUUGUUGUCAUAUCUUCACAAAAAUGCCAAGGACAAUAUUGCUUUCUGCUUCACAAAUGCUAGAUCGACAUUCUAUCGUCCGGGAGACACUUUGCCAGCGCUCAGAAAACAACUUCAGGAUCUUGAGGAAAAGUCUGGAGUUGGAAUAAAGACCAACAAAGAUACAAUGUACUGUUUUGAUAACGAAUCUUUUAGAUUUCUAGCAGCACUCCGAAAUGGGAUGAAGUUUUCAGAAACUGAUAAACAAAGUUUUGCAGAAAGCUGGAAAAGGUCUGUGGACGAAUUACAGAGACUCUUUGAGUAUUUUAGGUCACGUGAACCUCACAAAGUAGAAGAUACUUUAUCACUCAACGAUGCCAGGAAUAUAAUGCUGCUUCUUUGCAAACCUCUUAGGUUUAUAAGAAUUCAAAUUCAAAACUGCGUUAGCAUUAUCAGAGACGAACAAAGUAAAAUUGAAAAUUCUUAUAGAUCCAUAAAUGAUCUUGAAAAAAAUAAGUACAUCAAGCAGAUAAAGCUUAUUCCAGAACAGUUGGAGUUCCCCAGAGUUGUAUGUACCAACGCAAGUUGCGUAAAGGUCUACAAUGUUGGUAGCGUAAACAUGACAGAUUACACAUCACAUUGUCUUGAUCGUUUUUAUUUGCAUGGUAUUCAAACCGAAGUGACAAACAAUCCAUAUUUGGCACGCUGCAGUGCUAUGAAUCAGAAUGGAAAUUGUAAACGAUGCUUUUGCCACUGGAAUAAACAUAUGGCUAUUACUUAUGAAAAUCGAAUGGAAAUCACCAAAGUCGUUGACAAGAAUAUAGAAAGGCAGAUUAAGGAAAAAAAGUCAUAUCAAAAGGUAAAGCAAGCAAUUAUCAAUACCAAGAAAAAUCUUAUCAAUAGCCUAGAAGAGGAACAAAAGAAGAUAACCACCAUUAGUGCCAAAUUUGCACAUUUCCUAAAACAUAGUGCAAUAGCUGCUUUCAAUGAUACAUACGCUGACUAUUUGGACCAUCUCAUACAGGAACAAAAAAUUAUAAAGGAUGCUGACAAUGGUGAUUACAACAAACAAACUCUUGAGGAACUUGAAAAGUCAAAAAAGGAAUAUUUAGAAAAUAUGAAAGUUUUAAAAGAAGCAAUGAAAAAAAACAAUGAUCCUUUGAUGUCUAUAAUCUCACCAGAAGAAAUAUAUCAGUACGAACAAGAAUUGUAUAAUCUACCAAUUAAUGGUCCAAUGCUGCUGAAAGAAAUAAAAAAAGUAGUAGAUCGUGGUCAAGAUACCUCAUUCAGACACGAAGAAAGGCGAUUUAUACCCCUACCAACCAUCGAUUCAACGCCGAAAGAAAUAAACGAAGCAGCAGAGCUUAAUAAAAAUACCUCAUCCAGAUACGAAGAAAAACGACAUAUGCCCAACCUAAGAACAAAAUUCUCGGAAAAUUUCUAUACUAUUCUAUUUUUCAUAUCAAUGGUGUUUAUAUAUAAAUUUGUGCAAGUUGCGCAAAAAUGCUAUAAUCUUUAA